GCUCCUGCAGCAUCUGGAACAUCUACCUCUGAACAUCGAAUGAAAUUCAACAGUCCUCUGCCCCAGCCUCUACCUAAAGAAUGCCAGAAAGCUGCCAAGAUCUUCCAUUCCUUCGUCGAUAGCGCCAACAAUGGGUUGGAUGGAGUCGUCCCUCGCACUGUCCUCGAACAUGCAAAGGGGUUCGCGAUCUUCUCAGUCGUGAAAGCAGGAUUCGUGUUCUCAGCGCGAGCCGGCUCCGGCGUCGUGAUCGCUCGGCUGGACGACGGAAGCUGGUCUGCGCCAAGUGCAAUCGGCACGGCUGGUGUCGGUAUCGGAGGUCAAGCCGGGGCCGAAGUGACCGACUUCCUGAUAGUCCUCAACACCCGUUCGGCAGUCAAAUCGUUCAUGGCCGCGGGAUCGCUUACGAUAGGAGGUAAUCUCAGCGUCGCUGUCGGUCCUCUAGGGCGUAACGGUGAAGCCUCCGGUGUAUUGAAUACGUCCGGGAAGGUCGCAGCCAUGUACAGCUACUCGAAGACUCGUGGCCUGUUUGGUGGCGUCUCACUCGAAGGCUCCGCUAUCGUCGAGCGCCAAGAUGCGAACGCCCUUGCGUACCGAUCCGACGUGACCGCCAAGAUGCUUCUUUCCGGUGCCAUACCUCCGCCCGAAUGGGCACAGCCUCUGAUCAAGACACUCGAGGCGUGUACGGGCAUUCCAGGAAACCAUCGAUGGGUUCAAGACGUCACGAAGAACGACACCGACUACGCGUUUGGCGGUAUCGGCAGCCCAAAGAACGAGAGUCCGAGUUUUCUGAGGAAGAAAGGGAGGACGGCCAGCGGGAACUUUCCGCCUGACACUUGGGGUCAGCGAAAGAACACCGGAAGCUACUUCGCGUCGGAGGAGAGCCCCGACAUGGACUUUAACCCACCGGCGAACAGGGGGGGAGCCGGGUUUGGUGCGAACAGUUCGCCUUUCAGCCAGAGCAACUCGCUACCCUCAAGACUCGCGGAUCGCACGCCGGACUUUGAGACGCAUUUCGACUCGGAUUAUAUUCCGGAUGAACCCGCGAAGACUCGACCCAAGUCCCAGCUCACGUAUGCGUCCAUGACCCAGUCGCAUUCUGAGCCAUUUGACAAUCGGUCGAGGCACAACCCUUACUUCCCUCCUACCGGCGAUCUCCUCAACAUGGAUCCUUCGGGACCUGAUCCGAGGUCCUCCCCCACGUACUCGUCGCACUCCAGCAGCAACCCGUUCGCGUCGGCUCGCGCGCCUGUUAGAACCAGUUUAGGUGGCGUCGAGGAUCUGUACUCCAACAGGCUGGGCGACCUCUCGCUUGAUGACGACGGCGACGACCUUCUUGGCGGGAAGGCAGACCGGCCAGGUCACGCUCGCAAACCGACCCUAUCGUUGAAGCCGGAGUUGACGGCUCCUCUACCUCCAGGCGCGGUGGGCAGGGCGAUCGCGCUGUACGAUUUCGCGGCUGCCGAGCCCGGCGACCUCGGGUUCAAAACCGGGCAGGUCAUCACGAUACUGCAGAAGAGCGACAGCACCGACGACUGGUGGCGGGGUCGGUUGGACGGCCGGGAGGGUAUCUUCCCCGCGAACUUUGUCGAGGUUGCGUAGUUUUACAGCCUUCGAAGUGUAGCUCUACAGUUUUCUUCUUGCAAGACCGAUGUAGUGAUAUCUUUGUAGCGGAUGCUCCUGAAUGUGUUGUAAC